AUGGGCAACAACAAAGCCGCCUGGAUCACAGCGCCUAAAGCCAAGCCUCUCAAAGUCGACACCGGGCCCGACGCAAAGCCAGGUCCAGAUGAGAUUCUCGUCAAGAAUGCCGCAGUUGCGGUGAACCCAGUUGACUGGAAAAUCCAAGACACCGGAUUCUACAUCAAGAAUUACCCCAACAUACUCGGCACCGACGUCGCCGGCGAAGUGCUUGAAGUCGGGUCCAAUGUCACACGUAUCAAGAAAGGCGACCGCGUGAUUGGACACUGCUACGGCCUCGGCACCGGCAAACCCGAACACGCCGGCUUUCAGCUCCAAAGCGUUUGCCCCGAGAUCCUCGCCUCGCCCAUACCAGAUUCCCUGCCCUACGAGCACGCCGUCGUGCUGCCCCUCGCCGUGUCGACCGCCGCGGCAGGCCUGUACCAGAAGGCGCACCUCGGGCUGCCGUACCCGACCAAGGACGCCAAGCCCAGCGGGAAGACGCUCCUCGUGUGGGGCGGAUCCAGCUCUGUGGGUUCGACGGCGACACAGCUGGCGGUUGCGUCAGGGGUGGAUGUGGUCAGUGUGGCCAGUAAGCGCAAUAUAGAGUAUGUGAAGGGCUUGGGUGCGAAGGAGGUCUUUGACUACAAUAACGAGAACUGCGUGGAUGAGAUUGUGGGGGCGCUGAAGAAAGGCGAGUUCGCGGGUGUGUACGAUGCUAUCGCCCUCCCCGACGCGUUUAAGAAGUGGGGCCAGGUUGUCAAGAAGAUGGGAGGCGGAAAGGCGGCGACGGUGUUGCCGCCGCCGGGGGAUCUGGACGAGAGUAUUCAGGCUGCAGGAGUCUGGGCCAUCGCUAUCUCGACCGAUGAGAAGGAGGUUGGCGAUGCGGUGUGGCGCAAGUAUGUCCCCGACGCUCUAACGGAAGGCCGGCUGAAGGCUUUGCCUGAGCCGCUGGUUGUUGGUCAUGGGUUGGAGAAGGUGCAGGAGGGGCUGGAUCGCCAGAAGCAGGGCGUCUCGGCGAAGAAGGUGGUUAUCACUCUAUGA